CCAGAAGCAAAAGGUGGCAAAACAUUUUUUGACAAGAUGUCAUCAGAAAAUGCUCAGAACGACAGCGCCGAAGCUUCUGCUGGCUGUCAAAAAUCUGCAAGUGGACUUUCAAAAAGGACUAACCAGAGUGAUAAGGUGCCCCUGGAGUGCCAGGAGCUUGUCUCCCUGAAGGAAAGGAUGGCCUUGUAUCAGGCAGCCGUGACGAAAGUCGAAAUCAGCAAUGCCUCUGCUAAUGCUCUGGAGGAAUCGGAGGCUUGCAGGAUACCUGGAGGCUUAGCAAGCGUGAAGAACCAAUUUGAAAAAGGAGAAACCAUCUCAUCACAGAAUUCUCAGUUCCAACACCAGCAUAAAUCUGUACAGAAGGUGACAAAUAGAAGUCAAACCAAGAUGUCGAGCAGUAGCAAACAAACCAGCCUAAAUGAAGAGACUUUGAAAGCAACUCAGGCGGAAACCAUUCACUCAGAAACGGUUUCUCAACAUGAAGAAACUUCAUUUGAGGCUAACAAAGCUUCUAAUGUCACUCAGUGUAUUGAGGAAACAGUGAUCAGUGAAGGUGUGGAUGAGGAGGUUCCUAAGAUUUCUGCACAAUCCUUAAAGCAACAUUUUGAAAAAACAGCGCAGGGAAAGACAUUUCACUCUGGCAGAGAGAGCGGAACACCAGCAAAGCAGAUUAAGAUAGAGAAUGAAUAUCAAGAAAUGGCCUGGCCUUCAGCAGUCUUUUCUUCUGAUGCUGCUGAAGCCGCUUCUGCAAAUAGACAACAGGAUAGAUAUAUGGCAAGGAAAACUGACUAUGUGUCUGCUGCCUCGGCUGCAACCUACAGCAACUCUUCUAAGUACGGGAGUACAGAGGAGUUUCCUCCUCCACCCUCUCCAGACUUACUACAGGUUCCAUCUGAAAUGACAGAGUUUUCCCAGUCCCCUGAACCCUCUCCCUCUCCAUCAAAGCACACCCUCCCCAAAGAUUUGUAUUCCAAGCAACGAAAUCUCUAUGAAUUAAAACGUUUAUACAAGCACAUUCAUCCAGAACUGAGAAAGAAUUUAGAAAAAGAUUAUUUCAAUGAUAUUUGUGAGAUAGUUUCUAGUGAUGUAGAAAGCAGUAGCUCAGUAGCAGGAGACGUACGCCAAGCUAAGUACAUCUUUGAAAACACUGGAAGCAGCCCUCAAAAGUGCAUGAGUCCAGAGAGAGAGUAUUUGGAAUGGGAUGAAAUCCUAAAAGGAGAGGUUCAGUCCAUGAGGUGGAUCUUUGAGAAUCAGCCUUUGGAUUCAAUCAAAGAUGAAUCUCCCGACCCAACCAAUGUUAAAAGCAUUGCAGAUCAAGAAAUCAUUGCAGGUGGAGAUGUGAAGUAUACUACAUGGAUGUUUGAAACGCAGCCUAUAGAUGCACUGAGUGUGCGUUCCUCAAAUAAUACAGAAAGUUCAGACAGAAUUCCAGAAUUGGCUCGAGGUGAUGUCCGCACAGCCACUUGGAUGUUUGAAACUCAACCAUUGGACUCCAUGAAUAAAAUUCACCACGAGAAAGAACAAGAAUACGAUGAAUCUUCCACUACAGAAAUUGCUGGUGGAGAUGUCAAAACAGUGAGGUAUAUGUUUGAAACUCAGCAUCUGGAUAGACUUGGGCAGCUGUAUUCAGUGGAUGAAGCUAACUUGCUCCAGCUGAGGUCUGAACUAAAGGAAAUUAAAGGUGAUGUGAAGAGAAGUAUACGGCAUUUUGAAACUCUGCCAAUGUAUGUUAUUAGGAAUGAUUUAGGCCAAAUGCUAGAGAUUAAAACUGUUCAUAGAGAAGAUCUUGAGAGAGGAGAUGUCAGAACAGCGCGUUGGAUGUUUGAAACACAACCCCUUGACAUGAUUAACAAAGACUCUCAGGAAAUCAAAGUUGUCUGUGGGAUCUCUAUGGAGGAGAAUGUCAAAGGUGAAGUGGGCAAGGCAAAAUGGCUUUUUGAAACACAUCCUCUGGACAUGAUUAAAGAGGAGUCUGAAGAAUCUGUUGUGGAAAAAGAAGUCAUUCUAGGUACUGAUGUCUGUGGUAAAUGUUGGCUUUUUGAGACUCAGCCUCUUGAUACCCUAAAAGAAAGUGAAGAUACAAAUCCUUUAUCAACUGAAGAAAUAAUAGGAGGGGAUGUAAAUACUACUAAACACUUGUUUGAAACAUUGCCUAUGGAUAUGCUAAAAGAUAACCCAGAUGUUGGAAAGCUUCAUAAAAUGGCUGCCACUGAGGAAGAAAAAGGAGAUGUGCAGCUCCAGAAACUGAUUUUUGAAACUAAACCUCUAGAACAGAUUAGAGAAGGCAAAAAGGAAUUCAUAAGAACUGUGAAACUGGAGGAAAUUGACAGGGGAAAUGUGAGCAGCUGCAAACAUGCAUUUGAAUCCUGCCAGUUAAGCAAACAUGACAACACACAUAAAAUCCAUGUUGAAGGUGUCACAAGAGGUGCAGUCAAAUUAAACAAAGUUGUUUUUGAAACAACUCCGCUAUAUGCAAUCCAGGACAGACUUGGGAAAUAUCAUGAGGUGAAAACAAUUCGACAAGAAGAAGUGGUAAGAGGGGAUGUCAGAAACUGCCGGUGGCUCUUUGAGACCAGGCCCAUUGACCAGUUUGAUGAGAGUAUUGAAAAAAUUAAAAUUAUUAAAGGAAUAUCUUCCCAAGAAGUCCAGUCAGGUGAUGUGAAGACAGCAAAAUGGCUGUUUGAAACUCAGCCUCUUGACUCUAUUAAAUAUCUUUCUAACGUGGAAGAUGAAGAGAGCAAAGUUCAAAUGGAGUCCACAGAAACUGUCAAAGGAGAUGUCAGAAUGUGUAGGUGGCUAUUUGAAACGCAACCAAUGGAAUCUUUAUAUGAUAAAGAACAGGCGGUGACUGAUAAUGAAGAGAUACACAGAGGAGAUGUCAAAACCUGUACCUGGCUUUUUGAAACCCAACCUCUUGAUACAAUUGGGGAAGAUUCAGAAAGAGUCAUAAAACUGCAGACAGUGAAGCAGGAAGAAAUUCAGGGCAGCGAUGUCCGUACUGCGUGUUUUCUUUUUGAGACAGAAAACCUAGAAAAUAUACAAGGAGAAGAAAGUAAGGAAUUCAAGCAAGUAGUAGAAAUUGAUAUCCAGCCUGGAGAUGUCUCCACCAUGAGGUAUAAAUUUGAAAACCAAACAUUAGACUCUAUCAACCACAGUGCAGAAGAAGUACUGAAUAAAAUUAAGACUAUGCAACGUGAAGAUAUACAAAAAGGGAAUGUUUUGCGUUGCUGUUGGCUUUUUGAGAAUCAGCCAAUUGAUGAAAUAACAGAGCACCAAAAGGACAGGACAUCAGUUAAAACAGUUACUGAUGUACAAGGUGGAAAUGUGAGAAAGGGUUGCUUUAUCUUUGAGACAUUUUCUUUGGACCAGAUUAAAGAUGAAUCUUCUACAGACAUGAAUACUACGAAAACUGUAAAUGAAGAUGAAAUAACAAAGGGCGAUGUGAAAAACUACAGAAUGCUCUUUGAGUCCCAGCCACUUUAUGCCAUUCAAGACAAGGAAGGGUAUUAUCAUGAGGUGACUACUGUUAAAAAGGAAGAAGUGAUUCAUGGAGAUGUACGUGGAACUCGGUGGCUGUUUGAAACAAAGCCCCUGGGGUCAAUAAACAAAUCAGAUGACGUGUAUGUUAUAAAAUCAGUCACCCAAGAAGAUAUCCAGAAAGGAGAUGUCAAUUCGGUCAGAUAUAGGUUUGAAACGCAGCCCUUGGAUACAAUUUCUGAUGAGGAAAAAUUCAUCAUUCCCACAGUUGACCAUGUAGAAGGUGGUGAUGUGAAGGCCCAUAAGAAGUUAUUUGAGUCUGAAGAGACCCAGCAAGGCAUGUAUGUAAGAACCGUGAGUGUCAGUGAAAUACAGCAAGGCAACGUUAAAACAUCCACUUGGUUAUUUGAAACACAUACCAUAGAUGAGAUUAGAGGAGAGGAGUCAGAGUAUAACGAUGUUAAAACAGUAACAAAGGAAGAGGUGGAAGAAGGAGAUGUUCAGCACGCAGUGUGGCUUUUUGAAAACCAGCCUUUAGACUCCAUUAAAGAUACUGAGGAAAGUGAUACAAAAAUAUCUAAGGAAGAAAUUCCAGAAGUGGAUGUAAAAACCACAACAUGGCUUUUUGAAACAACACCUUUCCAUGAAUUCAAUGAAAGCAAAAUAGAAAAGGAAGAAAUCAUAGGGAAAAGUGUGAAAGAGACAUUAAAGGAGCUAUAUUCUCACAAAGUGGUAGAAUCUCAUGGAAUUAUCUUGGAGGCAGACGAAAUUGGAGAUGUCCGAAUGACAAAGUAUAAGCUGAUGAAUCAAGAGGCUCCUGAAAUACAAAAGGAAGAGAUUAUUAGAGGAGAUCUGGCAAACAUCAUGAUGAACUUGCUGUCCAGAAGGAACACUGUUGAAAGGGAAACUAAAGUCAGUGAAGAUGAAAAGGGUAAUGUGAAUUUAACUAAAGAGCAGUUGCUUAAUAGAUCAACAGAUGUUCACAUUGAAAAAGAAGAGGUAGUGAGAGGUGAUAUACAGCAAGCCAUUAAAAACCUGUUUAGUAAGAACAGCUCUGCAAAACGUGGAAUUUUAAUUCAGGAAAAUGAGAAAGGUGAUAUUAACAUGACAGUAUAUUCUCUCUUUCACAAAAAGGAUAGCACUAAAAUCCAGCAAGAUGAAGUGAUAGGUGGUGACGUGAGGCGCACGAUUCACAGCCUCCUGUCCUCUGCAAUGAAUAAUGAAAUACCAGAAAGAGCUAAAAUAGAUGAUUCAGAAAGGGGCAACGUACAGUUUUUUACAACAUGCAUAGAAGCUGGGGCUCUGGAUUAUUUGAAGCAACUCCAGACAGGGACAAAUGAAACAUUUACAAGUAGGAAUCAAGAAGAGGAGGAGGAAAUAAUUGGUGGUGAUGUUGAAGGCACAAAGCUAUUACUUAAGAAAAAGAAGUCUGAAAUUCAACGUACAGUUAAUGAAACUGACAUCAUCCCUGGAGAUGUGGGUAAUGCAGUUAAAAUCUUUAUGACUGAGCCACAAAAUUCAUCUUGUCAUGUAUGCAAAGAAGAAAUUAUAAAAGGUGAUUUGAAGGCAGCAUUAAAUUCUCUCAGUCAGGCCAUAAAUCAAACAACUGUUACAGAGAAGGAAGAAAUUAUAAAAGCUGACAUCCUCACAAUUCUGAAGUCUCUUGAAGAAUCUGCUUAUCAACUGAAAGAAAUGGAAAAACCUGAUGUAGUCCCUGGUGACAUUAAGCGGGCUAUUGAAUCUCUGGAGAAAGCAGUACACACCCAAAAUGAAGUCCUGAGAGAAGAGGUUGUCCGAAGUGACCUUGAGUCCACCUUAAGGUCUUUAAGAGCAGCUCAGCAAUCUUUCCAGGAGAUAGGUAAAGAAGAAAUAGUCAAAGAAGAUCUUCAAACAGCUGUAGAGAGCUUACAAGAAACAUCUGCAGGACGAAAAACAAUACAACACCUAGGAGGAGUAUGUGGAGAUAUGAAAAGAAGCACUGAGACUCUCGUUGAACCUUGCCAACCAUUAGUCCAGAAUCGGGUUAACACGACUGAAAGGUUACAAAGUCGUAUUAAAUCCCAUGAGGCUCAUCAUCAAAGAACGCAAACUGAAAGCAAGAGCUUCCUCAGCGGAGAUACCAGAGCAAUAUAUUUAGAUCAGAAAUGGAGCACAAAAGCAAAUGAGGCAGAUAAGAAAAAUGUGAAAGUCUUUUCUAAUUCCCAACACAAGGUCACUGAAAAGGCAGAUAAGUCUAUGGGUAAAGUCAAUGUCCAGAACAUUGUAAAAAAGGAAGCAAAGACUCAUAAUGAUCAGUCUGUAGUUGCUCAGACUUCUUCUUGUAGUACUGUUCAGAAGAAUGAAAGAACAGAGAAACUGGAAGCAAACAGAAUACUGAGAACUGACACCACAUUGAGUGUGGAACCAUCUGUAAAACAAAAAUCUGACAUAACUGGUCAGAAAGAAAUGAGAGAAAAAUCAAAAUUGUCCAGUUACAUGAACCAUCGAAGCAAUGCAGAGCAACUGAUCAACGUAUCAACGGGCAUGAUUUCCAAAAUGACCAGCAAUUUCCAAAAGCAAGAGGGCCGGCGAGAAAGAAAACAACCUCAGUAUUCAAAAGAGGUUUGUGAAGAGAAGAAAACUAACAUGAAGACAGACCAAGAUGUGGUUUCCAUGGUAUCAGAACAGAAUCUAAAAACCAAUCAAAACGUCAGAGUCACACAGGAAAUACAUAGCCAGUUUAAAGAAGCUGAAAGGAAGCAAGCCUCAAAUGUUAUCCAGAAAAAUCAGAAAUCUGUGUCAAGACUUAGGGGAAAGGGGAAAGUGGACAUUGCGGAGUCAAACUUUAGAGGUCUGGUAAAAAAUCCACAGAACCCCAACAAAAAUGCCAGAAGCCUAGACAGGUCAGAAAUUGAUUCCCCACCCCCGCCUCCACCCCCUCCUUCACCACCGCCUUCAGUGACUUCAUCUGAAGCUGACUUACCUCUGCCGCCACCUCCUCCUCUAACACAUUUAAUGAUGGCUUCUGACAAACAAAGAUUUCCUUCACCUCCACCACCAAUAGACCAGGCUAAAACUGACUUUGACCAUUUUCCUCCACCACCUCCCUCAAUAGAAGACAAAUCUGAAAGCGAAUCAUUGCCUUCUUUGCCUUCUCCACCUCUUCUUCAAAUAUCUGCAGUUCCUCAGCCAAAACAAAAGAAAGAACAUUUCAUCAAGCACCUAGACAAAACAUUGCAGAAAUCCAUUCAAGCUCAGGCUGGCAUUAAGACCAGUAGGGUCCCAUCCAUUAAGAAACCUGCACAGAAAGAAUUUACAAAACAAUUAGAAGAAAGUCAGCUUAAAAUGCCUCACAGAGCUCAGCCUGAGGUUCAGAUAUGCAAAGGAAGUGAUGUAAGGCAGAUAUGCAAAGGAAAUGAUGUGACAAAAACUGUGGAAGAAAACACAGAAAGGACCAUGGUGACUAAUGUUGUUAGUCAUGAACUGAAAGAGGAAAGAAUCUGCACUAGAACAGAAGAGGUUAGAAGUCCAUCCUCAGUCACAGAUGUAAUCAAGCCAGAGACCUCACUAAUUAAGAAAAGAAGUCAAUUUCCACUUGUAAAAUCUCCCUCAGUCCCAGCAGAAACAACACAAAUGAAGCCGAAGCCAUAUGUACGUAAAUUUAAAACCCCUUUAAUGAUUGCAGAAGAGAAAUACAGGCAACAAAGGGAGGAGAUGGAGAAGAAACAGGCACAAGAGUCUUGUCAACUGAUUGUGAGACGAAACAGCGAGACUUGUGAACAUUCGGUUUGGAUAGAAUCAGCAAGAUCUUUGUUGGCACCCAAAUCCUCUGAGCAGUUCCAUGCCCCUGUACAAGACCUAUUAAGCUCUGCAGCCCCAGAAAGGUCUGUGCCUGCUGAGCCUGAAGGCCAGGCCAAACUACAAAAUGUGGUCUUGCAUGAUCACAAGCCACAACUUGCGUCACAAACAGAAGCCACUGAACAGACUCAAAGCAUCUUAAAAAUCUCAAGAGAUGAGCACGUUAGAAACAAGGAUCAGCAGGAUUUGCAAAGUCUUACAAAAUGUAAAGUCUCUUCUGAGAAGGAGCAUACCCAUGAGGAACAAGCGCUGCACAAGACGGAGCAAGAUGAAGAUGAGGAGCGUUGGAACAUGUCCAGAAACAAAAUUACGUCCCCUACUUUCAAAAUCAGAACCAUCAAGCUUCCUACUUUAGAUCAACGAUUCAGUGAAACACAACAGGAUUCUGCGAUACAUAGAAAGCAAGAGAAGGAGAACAGCCAAGCUGUCAUCAAACAACACAUUCAAGAAAAACAGAAGGAAAACAGAAGCAGUUCUAUUAGCAAAAAGCAAAGCAUUGGAAAGGCAAACACUCAGGGGCAAGUUGAUGAGAAGGUGCAGUUGGAAAAACCACUUUUAAAAUACACAGAAGACAGGCACAAAGUAAGAGGCAAAGAGUCCAGUGAAGUGAAACAAAGGUUAGUUGAAAAGAAAGAAACAGGGAAAGAAGAAAUUAAACAACAGUGUGUCUCUCAGGCUGUGGAAGAAAAGCAGAGCCAAGUAAUUACUUGCCCUAAAGAAGAGAAAAUAAUAAUUCAAAGAAAACAAGAGGAAGCAAGCAAUAAAUCAGAAAAAAUGGUCAAGCAAAAGGUAAUUGACAUGCAUGAGAACUCACAGACUUCUGAACAAGAGAAAACCUUGAGUUUGGAAACAAAAUACUUGUCCCACGAAACCAGGAGUUUUCAAGGAAAGGCAUAUGACGGAGAAAAGGCCCUAAGGCCAAAAAAGGGCCUCCUUAAGACAGCAGAGCCAAAACAAGAGAUUGUCCAGAAAAAAACAGUACUGUCCAAUUCGCAAAGAGAACUAUCACAGAGUCAUGAGAAAAGUCCAGUAGAUAUAUUAGAAUUCCUGAGGAAACGUGAGGAGGUACAGCAGGUCCUGUCCAGAGUGAAGCAGUUUGAAAUGGAGCCCAAUAAAAAUGGGAUCCAAACCUUUCAGGUGUUCUUAAAUGGUAUUCCAGAGUGGUUGGUCAAACAAGAGAUGAAACAAAGCUUAACUUCUAUUGCUCAAGAGAAUAAUGUUGAUAAGAUGAAAGAAGAACUGUCGUCUCUUAAAGAUCAGGCUGCCAAAAUCCUUGAAUGGUGUGAAGAUGCAAUCCAGACAGCCAUAAUUUCCACAAAUACCAUGAAAUCUAGAAAAGACUUCCUUAAUGUCGGAGGUUCAUCGCAGAAUAUAGCAAAACUGUGCAUUGGCUCUAGUAAAAAAGAGUCACAGAAGAACAAAGAGAUGAAUAAAAAUGCAGCAGCUCAUCAGGAAGUGAAACGUAUCAAUGCACAAAGGUACACAGAAAAUAGAACUACUUCUUCACAAUCACUAAGAACACGAGCACCCUCACCUACUUACAUUACAAUUGAAUCAAGACGUAUUGAAUCCCCCCUCAGGGAGCCCUUGUCUCCGGUCCAAAGGGAAGGUACUCCCAUUCCACCCUCACCACCUCCCAGAUCUGUCACACCAACUUCUAAGUAUCAACAGUCGGCGACCUCCACCUCUCCGUCUCCACCAAGAAGCCGUUCAGAACAACUGGCCAAGCUUAGAGACACCACUGUAAAACUGUCUCAAGGAGCAACACAAAACAGAUCAGUCACCCCUGUUCCCAUUGUGGAAAAAAGGUCAGAGAUUGUUAAAUCUCCUGCAUCUCUCCGCCGACAAAUCAAGAUUGAAACGCAACCAUCUGACAGUUCAUCAUCAAAAAUGUUUCCUGUAAAGGAAUCACAAAUAACUGCUGGUACAGUGAAGAAAAAUAAAGAAAUGCAUGACGAACUGGAAACAAACAAGACGUUUGUCAACAAAAAGACAGGAUACAUUCCAGAAUGCUUAGAGCCACAAGGACAAAAUGCAGGCUCUGUUUCUGUUAGUCAAAAAUAUGAAGUUUCUAAGGUUGAUCCCAGAGGUCUUGUGCAUAGGUUUGAAGCAGCAUCUGAGCAGAUGAUUCACACAGGAAGAGAAUCAGAGGUGUCUGAAAGAUCAGACCAUGAGAGCGAGAAUAAAAUAGAUAUACUGUUAGAAGAUUUUGAUAAGCCAGUAGCAGAGGUGAAAUUGAAGAAAAAAUGUGUUGAAAAUGGUCUGAUUAGUGGCAAAAUCAGGGAAGAAAGGUGCAGGUUUAGAAAGGGCGAAACAGGCCAAACUUCUCAGGAUAGGCAAAAGCAAAAAGAAGGUUUCCAAAAGACUCCAGGCAAGCAGCAAAGAGAACCGAAGGAAAAUAAAUCUUACAAGCAAAAGCAGUGUGUUGUCCAAGAGCGCUCCUUUGAGCCCACGGUGUGCUUUGAUGCCAAGUCUCGUGGUGAAUGCUCUUCCGGCAUGGAUACAUUUGAGAACACUCUGGUGGAAUCCAGGACGACCACCUCCAGAUCACGAAGUGCAGAUGGGCUGCAAUCUGGAUUUGGCUUCAAACGUGCACCUCCAACGUACGAAGAUGUAAUCUCAGGACACAUCUUGGAUAUCUCUGCUGCGGAUUCACCCGAGGAACUGCUGAAGAAUUUCCAAAAGACUUGGCAAGAAAGUGAGAGAGUAUUUAAAAGCCUGGGCUACACCGUUUCAGAUGCCGCGGAAACAGCAGUGAGAAGCAGCUUCCAUGAGGAAGCAGAGUUUACUAGUGGUAAACUUCUUCCGAGCAGCGGGGAGCCGUCUGGAAACGGCCUUAAUCUAAAGAAGAAACUGCACAUUCAGGGAAAGGAAACAUGCCAACUUUGUCAAAAGAGAGUUUAUCCAAUGGAGCGUCUGGUUGCCGACAAACAGACCUUUCAUAAAUCAUGCUUUCGGUGUCACCAUUGUGGCAGUAAAUUAAGCUUGGGAAAUUAUGCCUCUCUCCAUGGAAAAAUCUAUUGUAAACCCCAUUUUAAACAACUUUUCAAAUCUAAAGGAAAUUACGAUGAAGGCUUUGGACACAAGCAACAUAAAGAAUUAUGGAUUUCCAAAAACCCAAAAAGUUCCAUUGGUUCUGGUCAUCAUAAAGAAGCUAAUCCAAAGGUGGUGAAACCAACUGAUCAAAUGUUGCAUUCUGGCAGUCCACCAGUCCAUUGUGAUACUGAGAGUGACCGUUUAAAACAGAAUACAGAGAAAGGCAAAUUAAACAUUACAUGGCCUCCUUCCAUGGAAGCACCAAGGAAAUCAUUUUCUAUAGAGGAGGAGAUUAAAGUGAAUAAACCAAAAUGGCCACCAGAAGGUUCUGAAAAAGAGGCCACUGGAAUCCAAACAAACCCUCCUAUAGACAACAGAAAUCAAACUCAGCUCUCCAAUGGAGAGAAUCCUUGGGAGAAUGAGGAGGAGAAAAGUGAAGCUGUUGGCUUGCAAUCAAAUGACCAGUCUUCUCUCAGUCAUGUGUCUAAGGAGGAACUUAUAAAUAAUAGCAAGGCGAAGAAUUACGAAGCAGAUACCAAAGGAAAAAAUGGUCAAAAAGAAUCUGUGCGAAGGAAAAAGAGUGAAAACGAAGUCUCUGAAAAGAAGGAGAAGAGUGGAAAGAGUGUAAAAGAAUGUGAUAACGUGGCUCUGAAGAGUGCUGAAAAGGUGAAAGAUGGAAAACUUAACGAAGCUGAUGAUGCGGAAGUUUUACAGGUUACUAACACUGACGAUGAAUCCAUAUUGCAGGGUAAUAAUAAAGGCAGCAUCUUAAACAGCAACAACAACAACAACAGUAAUCAGUACUAUAAAACAUCUUUUCCACAUCAGGACAUUUAUUGGCUGGAAGAAUGUACUAGAGAUACAUACUAUGUAUUAAUGGAAUCAAAUCAUGCAAAAAGCCCUGCAUUAGAAAGACACGUUGUAAAUUCAGAACUGCUCAGUAUAACUAACUAUGAAGCAGGCUGUUCCACAGAGGCCUUUAAUCUUGCAGGUGAUGAAGAAAACAUCAAAAGAAAAGGUACCAUUACCUCUGAUGGUCGUAUUCAACAGAAUAAUAAAGAUACCACCUGUCAAAAACCAUGCACGGGCAACAUUGUCUUGUUAAAGGAGGUUGCUAAUACAAUAGUUCCUCUUGCGAGUGAAUUAGGAGGCACUGGAAAAGCAAUCAGACAUGUCAAAAAGUUAAAUACUAUUUCAUCUGAUAACGCAGAGACUCUUUCUUUACCUGGCAGUGACGGGAUUGGUCUAUUAGGCUCUGUACACACCGUUAAAACUGUUUCUGACCCACAUUUGAAAGACUGUGUGGAUUACACCAUUAAUAUCUGUCAAGAAGACGAAAUAAUGAAAAUGUUGCAAAAUGAUACAAGUGCAAGCUUAAAUUUACUGAGUGCAAGCUGUAGAGCUGUUCCAUCAUCUAUAGAAGAUGACAUCAAGAUGGGGCUGCCAGCAAGAGGCAAGCAAAUUAAACAAAAGAGAUGUUGUGAUGAAAAUAAAUAAAUGCAGUUUCACCAAUCCAA